AGUUCGAUGAUGAAAUGUAUUUCUUUGCCAAUAUGAGCUAAAGUACAGCAUUUGAGUUAUCACUGAUAUUAUUGAAAAUACUAUACUUUCAGAUAUUUUCUGUAAUAAAUUCAUCUAAUAUCUCAAAAAUUUUAUUGCAAUAAUUACAAAUUUUAUAUAAAUUUUAUUUCAGUAUAUAUUCAAGUUAUGAAUAUUCAUAGGACUUUAUAUUCCACUAUCUACAGAAUUCGAUCUUGUUUACUACGAAUUAAACAUAAACACUUGUGUAGACAUUUAUCAAAUAAUUGUGAAGGAUGGAAACGUCCACAUGGAUAUGACACAGGAAUUAGUUGUUAUAACAGGCUGACCAAGUCAAAUGUUCCUCUCAUUUUACAAAAUGAGAAUGUGAUUUAUUGGUAUACUUGUGGGCCAACAGUAUAUGAUGAAAUGCACAUUGGACAUGCAUAUUGUUAUAUGCAGUUUGAUAUUAUUCGACGAAUAUUGGAAAAAUAUUUUAAUUAUGACAUCAUUCUCACCAUGGGAAUUACUGAUAUAGAUGAUAAAAUUAUAGCUAAAUCUAGAGAGGAAAACAUGACAAUACAGCAUAUUGUGAAGCAUUUUGAACAAGAUUUUUUUGCCGAUUUAGGAAAACUUAAGAUAAUUCCACCAAAAAUAAUUACUCGUGUAACUGACUAUAUUCCACAAAUUAUAGAUUUCUGUGAUCAAAUUUAUAAGAAAGAAUAUGCAUAUUUAACUUCUAAAGGAACUUUAUAUUUUGACAUGGAGAAGUAUGGAAAUUUUGGAAAAUUAUCAGAUAUGGGUUUAGAAGAAGAAAAAGAAUCUAUUGAUCCAGAAAAGAAAGAUUAUAGAGAUUUUGCUUUAUGGAAAGCAGUUAAACCAGGUGAACCAUGGUGGAAUUCACCAUGGGGAAAAGGAAGACCAGGCUGGCAUAUUGAAUGUUCAGCAAUGGCUAGUCAUAUUUUUGGCUCACAACUUGAUAUUCAUUCUGGUGGAAAAGAUUUAAUUUUUCCACAUCAUGAAAAUGAAGAAAGACAAUCUGAAGUCUAUCAUAAUACUACUCAAUGGGCAAAUUAUUGGAUUCAUACAGGUCAUUUACAUUUAAGUAAUGAUGUUAAAAUGGCAAAGUCUUUGAAUAAUACCAUAUCUGUCAAGGAUUUUCUCAAAGAGUACACACCAAAUGAUUUUAGAAUAAUGUGCCUUAGAAUACCAUAUCAAAAUGAUGUUGAAUAUCUUGAAGAGACUGUUAAGGAAUGCAAGUCAAUUAAUAAAAAGUUUAAUGAAUUUUUGGCUGAGACUGAAGCAUAUGUUGAUGGAGAAUCAAAUUAUGGACCUAUAGAUGAAAGUCAUCUCUUAAAAUGUUUAGCAAAUACCAGAAAUUCUGUGGAAAAGAGUUUCCGUAACAAUUUCAAUUGUCCUGAAACUCUAAUUUGCCUAAAUGAAUUAAUGAGUGAAGUUAAUAAACAGCUUAAAGUAAAUAAAUCAAAUAUGUACAAAUCCAGAAGUCCUGGUGUUAUUUCAGCUUGUUCAUCUUUUGUAGCAAGAAUACUUAAUAUUUUAGGCAUUGAAUAUCCCAGCAAAAAGGCACUAAUAACUUCAUCAGAUGAAACAACAGCAAUGCUUUCUCAUGUUGUAGAUGCACUAGUUAAAUUCAGAAGCAAUGUUCGUCUUUAUGCUCUUACUACUGGUGAAAGUGCACAGCCUCAGUAUAAAGCAUAUACUCAGGAAAUAAACAGUAAAGAAAUAACAGAUACUGAACAACCACUGCCAGUGCCACCAUCAGAACCACCAGAUGACAAAGGCGAUACAGUAUGGACAAUAAAAAAAUUAACUCCAUCAGAACAAAUACAACUUCAGCGUAUGGAAAGAGAACCUCUUAUGAAAGCUUGUGAUGAUGUUAGAAAUGAACUUUUUAUAGCAGGUGUAAAAUUGAAAGUAAGUUGAUUAAUUUUAAAUAUUAAAUGGUAGAUGUUUCUUU